UCAUCCUUCGCAAUUAAAGCCACCACAAGUUUCCACUAACCCCACUUCUCUCUCUCUCUCUCUCUCUCAUCUUCCUCUCCAGAGACUCUGUGAAGGAAAGAAAUGGCGCAGAAAGUUGUUUUGAAAGUCUUAACCAUGACCGAUGACAAGACCAAACAGAAAGCCAUCGAAGCUGCUGCCGAUAUCUUCGGAGUGGAUUCCAUAGCGGCGGAUAUGAAGGAGCAGAAAUUAACGGUGGUAGGUCAAAUGGAUACAGUUGCUGUGGUGAAAAAGUUGAAGAAGGUCGGUAAAAUUGACCUAAUAUCGGUCGGACCGGCCAAAGAAGACAAGGCUGAAGACAAGAAAGAGGACAAGAAAGAAGAAAAAAAGGAAGAGACUAAGGCGGAAGAGAAGAAAUAAUUAAUAUAAUAAAACAUUAAUUAAUUUCAUAUUUUUCAUGCUUGGUUGGAAAUUAAUGUUGUAUCUUGGAAUAACUUCAAGAUGUAAUUUCUUCUAUAUCGUAUAUUAGUUUGCAUUUUUUUUUUUGUUAACCGGAUAUUCUGGACCGAGACUCAGACUAAUCCCGGAGUUGGGAGCCAACUAUGUGGUUUGGAAUAUACGUUA